UGGCUGGUCGUAUUGAGGAACAUUCUUUGGUAGAAAGAUUGGGAAAAGAAGCUAUUGAACAUCACAUAAGAAAGCAGACAGAAGGACGUGGAGUAUGCAACCUCUUCAUAUUGGACACAUCAGAGAGCAUGAAAGGAGAAGGGUGUCGACAAAUGCAGGAGGCUUUUGCAUCCUUUAUAGAAGGUUACGCAACCAAUUCAAUGUUGGAUGAAAAUGUUGCAGUGAUACAGUUUGGAACAGAGGUUAAAUAUCUGCACUAUUUCUCCAACAACUAUGUCUCCUUGAGUCGAAUAUUAGAUGACUUGUCAUGUUCUGGACCAUCACUGAUGAUCGAAGGCUUCCUUUUAGCUAUUUCUGCCUUGGAAAAUGGGCAACGGAACACCACUAUUGGCCCAUUUAACUGCAGAGCUAGAGUGAUACUUAUUUCUGACGGCAAAGCUACAUCUUCGACUGACUCAGAUUCAGAACAUCGUUUUUCUGAAAAUGAAGAAAAUCAGAAUGUGCAACUUUUGAAUCUGGUGAGGCAAAUAGGAAACAUAAAUCCAAUUACGUGCGUACCUGUCGGAAAUGAUCCAAAUAUUUGCUUAUUGGCGACCAUUGCCUAUGGAUCUCGAGGAGGAAAAAUUCUAAAUUAUGAAAAAGCUCGACAAUUUGCAAAAUAUUCAUUAAACAUGAUGAUUGCUGGAGACAUCCUCGGGGAGGUACCACCUACUUCCUGUACUAUUGAUGACGUGAGAUCCUUAGUAUUUUCUACAAGAUUUCAGCAUGUUGUGACAGAGAGGGACCUGGAAGAUGUCGUGGAUAUUUUAAACAAUAGGCGUGCAUAUGAAAUAAAUGUAUACCAAAAUGAACAACAGUUGGACGUCCAGGUAUAUAGUGAACGCAAUGAAAGAUUACCUCCACCAGGAACUAGGGUACGAAGAGGUCCAUGCUGGACUUAUAAUAAUCAGAACUCCAGUGGAUUAGGCACUAUCAUUGGACACUGGAAUCAAGAUGGAUGGGUCAAUGUUGAAUGGGACACUACAAUGAGAUUUCCGUAUAGAUAUGAUCCCAGUGAUCCAAACCAGUGUGCUGUCAUUAUUUGUAAUGAACCUCGAAUACUACAAAGAGAAAAUAUCGCUGUAGGAUGUGUUGUUAAAAGAGGACCAGAUUGGAUAUGGGGAAACCAAGAUGGUGGUAUAGGCAAUAUUGGAGCUGUUCGCUGGCCAAAUGGAAACAAAAGUAAUUACAGAUUUGGUUAUGAUGGGAAAUUUGACAUUGUAGUAUGUGAUCCUUUUGACGAACGAGGAGUCAUUGCAUCCCAUAGGUGCGAAAAUGUUGUAAAAUUUACCAGUGACAGACAUAAUGGUGUUGAAAAUGAUAGCCUAGGUAAAACAAAUACAGAAGGGGUAAUUGGAAGUCUUGGAUCUUUCUUAACUGAUAAUCUCUUCAUGCCUUCUAACAUCUUACAAACCAAAACAUUCUUUGUGAUAUCAACUAGACCUCUGGACUUGCACUCAAAACUUAUUGCUGAUAGAUACAAUCUAGCAGCUGACGAAGAUUUCUUAAAGUCGUUGGUGGAAUUGGCAAAAGGAGGCAGACUUAUAUCCCAUUCUGAUGCUAAGCAGUGUGGAAGAUUUGCACUCAACAUGAGAACUGUUUCGUGCAUUGUAGAAGAAAGGAUAACAACUAAAUUAACACGGGAAGACAUAGAAAAAAUGGCCAGAAUAUCGUCUUCAGAUGAUGUAUCUAGCAGUGAUGUGGAGGACAUUUAUGAUAUAAUUAAUGAAUUAGAUGUUUACAAACCAAUUACUGCUGACACAUUAGAGGAUGAUGUAUUCACUGAACGAUAUGAAAAUCUUCCUGGAAUUGGUACAAGGGUAAAACGAGGACCUCACUGGACUUGGAAAAAUCAAGACAGUCACGGUCCUGGUACAGUGAUUGGACACUCUGAUAGAGUUGGCUGGGUCAUCGUAGAAUGGGAUAGUGGUGUCAGAUUGAGUUACCAGUAUGGUUUUGAUAGUCUGAUUGAAAAAUAUGAUAUUACUCCAUGCAAAGAACCAAGGAUUCUAGAGAAUGAACUGAUAGCCGUUGGCUGCUUAGUUAGAAGAGGUCCUGAUUGGAAAUGGGGAGAUCAAGAUGGCGGAGAGGGAAAUGUAGGCAGUGUAAAAUGGCCAAAUGGUAAUCGUAGUAACUAUAGAUACGGAUAUGACAACAAAUAUGACGUUGAGUUAUGGUAA